AAGCUGAGGUUGGUUUUGGGAGUGCGUCCGUCCACAAAAUAGUGAUAUAUAUUUUUGUUGUUUGUUUGUAUAUUUGUGCUGUGUUUCUUGGUGAACAACCGUCCAAUAUUACUGAUUGGACAUGUGUUAAACGUUGUGUGAACCUAUGGCUACUGCCGACGAAGAAUUUAUCAAGCAACUACGUGUUGUGUUUGAUUUAUGUGACGAGCUAAAAUGUGGUAUUAUAUCUGUAGAUCAAUUGAAAGACAUCGUCCGAAAACAUUUUGGUGGUAGUGAAGAGGAAAUUGUACAUCUAAUUGAAUACCUCGAUCCGAACAAACAUGGCGUCGUCACGUUUCCAGACUUCUGCAGAGGGGUGGCAUCCGCCCUUCAGAAUAAAGGCACAAGUUUGGAAGAAGCGGCCUUGCGAUGCCAACAGCCUACCUUUGGAACGAGUACUCCUAUAGUCCAAGUAGAUGGAGACCGUCGAAAAAGUAGGGAAGACUCCUCGCCACCUCCACUAGGUGACACAGACAGUGCCAUCGCCACUGGCAGCGACGUCAGUAGGGAAUCCUUGCCCGACAAGCAUGAUAGUUGCAGUGAUGACGGGGAGGAAAGUUAUACUUGCCUUGGCCAUCUUUCAAGACCUGAUCAAAACAGUUCCGGCAGCUUCCGGAGUACGAGCAGCCACGGCAGCAACACUGGAUCUCGGAGACGGAGGAACACCCGGAUGCUCAACAGGUCGGGCUCAAAAAGACUCUCAACAAGUGCUUUAGCCAGUCAGCUUCACCGGAAUGGCAGCCGGCGUAAUUCCCAAAGCUCGGAUGAAAUGUAUCCAGUCGAUGUUCCGAUGUCCAUUGAGGAUGAUGUUAUGGAUCUUAAUGCUAAGGUUCAUGAGCUUCAGCAGCAAGUGGCAACUUUGACGGAUCAUCAAGUGAAUACAGAUCAUCGAUAUAACAGAGUGAAGCAGGAAAAUGCCGCUUUACAGAACAAGAUCCAUUCUUUGGAAGAGCAGUUGAGGGAACUAGAAAUACGAAGUGAAGAUCGCGUAGAAACAGAAACACAGAAAUUCAAAGAGAUUAUGGCUCGUUGUGAGCGAGAAGCCAAGUUGGAAGUCGAACAAUAUGCCAAUAAAUUAUUAUCAUUACAAAAAGACUAUAUGGAGUUGAGUGAAGAAUCCUUAAAAUUGAAAACUCUUCUAGAAAAACUAAAACUGGAAAAACAAGAAUUACAAAAUCAGUUAUUCGAAGUUACUUCUGAGCUGACAAAUUUACGAGAAGAUCAUCAUCGACUACAAGAAGGGAUCCGAAGGGAAAGAGAAGCAAUUACUAUAGAAAGAGACAACAACAACAAACUAUUAGAAGAAUUGACGUUUGAAUUAGAAAAACAUGCUGAAGUCAGUACAGAAUCUCGAAUGCGAAGCCCUAGUUUGCUUGAACUUCCAGCUCAAUACAGAGAACUUCAACAAGAACUUCGGAAAGUCAAAGAUGAAAAUAAAUUGAUACUUGAAACCAAUGAAGAACUCAAUGCUCAACUCUUGGCCAGCAGUUUACAAGAAGGUCGAUCAUUAGUUAAUCAAGGUACAGAGCCAUCUAUAGCGGAAGAAUUUGAAACUUCAACUAAGGAUGAACUGGUAGAAGCCCUCCGUGAACAGAUGGACGUGAAUGCAAAGCUAAAGUCCUACAUCGAUGGAAUUCUUUUAAACAUUCUGGAAAACCAUCCUCAGCUUCUAGAAGUUAAAAAUAACAUUUAAAAUUCAAGACGACCAUAAAGGUCUCAUGCCAACCCAGUAAUGUGCUUUUACCAGAUCUCAGGAUGUUUUUAAAGAGAGCUUGAGAAGGGAUUUGUAUUUAUAGGCAGCAGACGUGUUGAUUUUAUAAAGGACGUUUUCAUCUUGAAAUUUUACUUUUUUAAAUGAAGCUUCUUAAUUGAAACUGUGAUGCAAGAAGAUCUGUUGUUUUGCGAACUGUUACCCAAAAUUGUUAUUGUUUGAAAAAGAUGUUUCCCAACCAGGAAUGCCUGUCCUAAGUGCAGUUCCUUGUGUAUAGAAUAUUUAAUAAAAUGUAAAAAUAGUU